AUGAGUUGGGCGAUGGAGCCUGCAAACUUCUAUGAGAGCAACAAGCUGGGCGGCGGGCAGCAGCAGCCGCAGCCACAGCAGCCGCAGCAGGGGGGCUGCAAGCCGGGUGCCCCCCCCGGGGGAGGGGAGGACGGCGGCCCCACCGUGCUGGAGCUGAGCUCCGCUCCGGCCAUGUACGACGACGAGAGCGCCAUCGACUUCAGCCAGUACAUCGAGUCCAUGACGUCCGUGCCCAACCUGGAGCUGUGCAACGACGAGCUCUUCCUCGACCUGUUCAACACGGUGAAGCAGGAGAAGGGGGACUUCUUCAGCCUGCAGAACUCGGCGCUGGCCGGCGGCAUGCAGCAGGUCCAGCAGCAGCAGCAGGUCCAGCUCCAGCAGCUGUACGCCGCGGAGAGGAAGCUGGACAUCGCGCUGGACAAGGGGGCGUUCAGCGCCCCCAUCAAGCAGGAGCCGGACUGGAGCGACAGCGACGCGUCGUCGUCCCUCCCCUCCCAGAUCGAGACCUGCGCCCAGACCUCCGUCAGCCUCCCCACGGGGCAGCCCACCCCCCCGACCACCCCGGAGCCCCCGUCGGCCGCCGGCUCGGCCCGGUCCUCCCCGCGCAAGAUCGGCCGCGAGAAGGGCAAGAAGUCCGUGGACAGGUUCAGCGUGGAGUACCGGCAGAGGCGGGAGAGGAAUAACAUCGCCGUGAGGAAGAGCAGGGACAAAGCCAAGAGGCGCAACAUGGAGAUGCAGCAGAAGAUGAUCGAGCUGAGCAACGAGAACGACAAGCUUCACAAAACCAUCGAGCAGCUGACCAGAGAGCUCACCGGCCUCAGAGAUUUCUUCAAGCAAAUGCCCAACUCCACCUUCGCGGGCUCCGCGAGCGCAGGGAGCCGGUGA